AUUAGUAGGUGUGAGCUGCCAAUCAGUGCGGCCCGCCCCAGUGAUACGCAGACGGGAAGCUCUCGGUGUAUUGCAGCCAUAUGCAUCGGGACCUCUGUGGCAUCACGCAUGACCACCAAACGACAAAAAAUGCCAAAAUGUAAAGGAUAGCCUUGCACCACUUACUAAAAGUAGGUGUGCUUUGGAAGCCUUAAAAACUGACCGUAAAGUUGUAGCUGCGCAGCACUGACGUUAAUCUGUGCGUAAAAGUGAGAAGCUGAGGACAGAAGUAAAAGUUCGGAAGGGGAUUUUUUCGGUAUGAUGGAUGCGAAAGGCUGACAAGGAAAGAAGAAAUAACUAAAAUUAUUAUUUACUCUAGUGCGGAGCGUUAAGGCUGCUAAAGGGAACUCUCUCCUUGAAUAUGUCUGGUGUAUAGACUUAACGUGAAAAGUAGGACAUCGCCACCCUGCAACUUUCUGCCAUGUGUCUAUUAUGAUCGACCUCAGCACCUAAGCUCACUGAUGUCACAGCUCCAGCGGAGACUAGAGGUACCUUUUACCGCUCACAUCCUACAGUCUACCUCUCAUCAUUAUUAUCAUCGUCGGCAUGGACGAAAGUGUUGAGUGCGCGGCUGGCAACAGCUGUCCGGACUCGGAGAGCGUCAGCCUCAGUGUGCUCAACUGGGAGCAAGUGCAGCGACUGGACACUAUCCUAACGGGCUCCAUACCCAUCCACGGCCGGUGGAGCUUCCCCACGCUAGAGGUGAAGCCCCGUGACAUCGUCAAUGUGGUCCGCAGCCGUAUGGAGGACAAGCGGAUACACGUCCGGGAGGUGCGCCUGAACGGAUCCGCGGCCAGCUACGUCUUGCAUGAGGAUAGCGGUCUGGGAUGGAAAGAUCUGGACUUAAUAUUCUGCGCGGACCUAAAGGGAGAGUUCGAGUUUCAGUUAGUAAAAGAGUUGGUGUUGGACUCUCUUCUAGACUUCCUGCCUGAAGGGGUAAAUAAAGAGAAGAUCACGCCUCUGACCUUAAAGGAAGCUUAUGUGCAGAAGAUGGUGAAGGUUUGCAAUGACUCAGACCGCUGGAGUCUUAUCUCACUCUCCAACAACCACGGCAAAAAUGUGGAGCUGAAGUUUGUGGACUCUCUUCGCCGGCAGUUUGAGUUCAGCGUGGACUCUUUCCAGAUCCGUCUGGACUCCCUCCUCCUCUUCUAUGAGUGCUCCGAACAUCCCAUGGCUGCCACCUUCCACCCGACGAUUAUCGGCGAGAGCGUCUACGGAGAUUUCCCCACUGCCCUUGAUCACCUGCGCAAGCGGCUCAUCUGCACCCGGAGCCCCGAGGAGAUCCGCGGCGGCGGCCUGCUCAAGUACUGCCACCUGCUGGUGCGAGGUUUCCGCGCGGCGUCGGACACCCAAAUGAAACUGCUGCAGCGGUACAUGUGCUCGCGCUUCUUCAUAGAUUUCCCUGAAGUGGGCGAGCAGCGGAGAAAGCUGGAGUCCUACCUGCAAAACCACUUUGUAGACCUGGAGGAGAGGAAGUACGACUAUUUGGCCACGCUGUACGACGUGGUGCAGGAGAGCACGGUGUGCUUGAUGGGACACGAGAGGCGUCAGACGCUCAGUCUCAUCUCGUCGCUGGCUCUUCGAGUCCUGGCCAAGCAGAACGCCAUCCUCAACGCUGCCAAUGUCACCUGCUUCUACCAGCCAGCUCCUUACGUGUCAGAUGGCAACUUCAGCAACUAUUACGUAGCACAGGUUCAGCCUGUCUACUCUUGCCCACUUUCACCUCCUCAGCAGUACUUUGCUCCUUUGCAACAUUCCUGGUAUGCCACCUGGAUGCCCUGUAACUAAACUUUCUGUUUGCCCAUGUACUUUUGUGAAACUCGUGUCUGCAUGUAAAGAAUGAAUCUUUUUGUCUUUUGUGUGAACUGGGAAGUUGAGGAAAUUGGGAAAUGAAAGAAUAAUGAGAAGGAGUUUGGGUCAAGGAGUUGAGCCUGAAUUUGUUUCCUGGGUUAACGUGCAUGGAGGGAACACAUCAAACUGAUUGGUUUGUGGGUUAGAUAGAUCAAAUGUCUGCUGAGCCACAAAUCUAUUCAAGAUAAAAAUCAUUUUCUUCAUUUUCUACAACUUUCAAAAUGGUACAAACAUAUUUGAAUGCUACAAACCAGACCUUUCACAUUACAGAAACAAAAAGUACCAGAGAACCCUGUUGAGGAUAUUCAUUCACAUGGUUUCUUCUGCUCUGUGCAUGUUUUAGUGUGUAUGUGAGUGUGUCUGUUUGUGUGUGUGAGUCUCUCUACAGUCAAUGCAAAAAAGAGGAACUGGGUACUGUUUACAAAUCCAAAGAUCUGCAUUAAUACUCAAGUUUUUUGAAUCUCCAAACAGUAAAAAAAAAUGAAGAAACAACACAACAAUGCAUAUUAUACUUCUGUACAUGAAUAAUGUUAAAGUGCCUAGACCAAGCCUAAAAGGAAAAUUUGUUUUUGUGAUUCACUUUCAUAGAAAAGUAUUGUAUUUUUAACAUGAUACUGAAUGUAUUUAUGGAACUAAAAAAAUGUCCAAUGCUGAGUAAGGUCUCUUACACUGAGGGAACUUGUAGAGCAACCCCUGCUAUUAAACAGUGAGAAGUUAAAGAAUGCACUUAUCAGCACUUCUGCAGUGCAGUUGCAUUGUGAUUACCAAAGAGGAAGUAACAUCAUAAUCUCAUUUUCUGUAGAAGUCGUUUGGGGAGAUGGGAGGCAGGGGGGUUGGAUCAAAAUCUUAGUAAAAUAGAUUUCAGUUAACAGAUAUCCAGAAGAAAGGCUUAGAUGCAAAAGGACAUAUAUGAGAGAAUCUAAUAAGCAUUUAAAUCCCAAAAUAAAGGGGAUCAAUGCAUGCAAACAAAACGGGCUGAUCUAAUGGCUGUCUAGGGGCCAAGAAAUGUUACAAGAAGGAAUACAUGCCCAUUUCAUAACAGUUCAUCAUUGCACUUCUCUUAUUGUUACUCUAAUAAUGCAUUUAGAUAAAUAAGCCACCAUGUGGGGUUUUUUUUUUCCAAGAAAAAUGCAAAUAAAAAUGAAUGUUUACAUGUGAUAAUGUACACCUGAAUGACAAAAUGUAAAAUAAAAAGCGAUCAAGGAA